GACAGGUCAAAAUCAUAAAUGAAACUAGUUUCAUUAAAAACCUUCUAUGGCAUCUUUAAUAAAGCCUCAUAUAUCUCAGGAGCUUCUACUCCAAUCUGAAAUUUCAUCUUUAGCUUCUGUAUCAUCAAAGGAUCAGUUUUUGCAAAAAAUCGAGGAACUCUUGUUUCUUAAUGCUGCUCAAAUGGAGCAUCAACGCUUUAAACUAUCUGAACGUAAAUCAAAUGAAAUGUAUGAAUUAAGUUUUAGAGCACGCUUAGAGCGCGCUGAAAAACGUCGUUAUGUUAGUCAGGAUGCAGAAUUGAGUUGCAAAAAAUACAAUAAAAUACAUUAACAAUACUAUAACUGUAGAUUUCUGUUGCUAUUUUAUAUAUUGUAGG